AUGUUUAAGUUUUUGUUACUAAAUAUUGUACAGUUAUUUUGUGAUGCAUUAGAAUUAGCAUUGCGCGGACAUGAUGAAACCGAAGAAUCCAAAAAUAAAGGAGUGUUCCGAGAAUUGAUAGAUUUUAGUUCUGAAUUAGAUGCAGAUUUAAAGGAACAUUUCAACAAAGCAACAGUAGUUAAAGAGACCACUAAGACCAUACAGAACGAACUAUUGGACUGCAUGCUUGGCGUUUACCAUGAAGAAGUGGCUAAAGAAAUAAGAAAAACGAAUUAUGUAGCUAUAAUUGCUGACGAAACUACCGAUGUUGCUAACGAAUUUCAAUUGCUCAUUAUUCUACGAUACAUUGACUCAAGUAAACCAGUAGAAUGA